AUGGCAAAGACUGUGGUCCCGUUUACCGCCCAGCUCGUCAAAUUCGAGACCUCCCUCCCUUAUGCGGAGGUCACCGCGCGUCUGGAGGCUGAGGUCUCCAAGUCCGCCUCGCAGAACAUUAUAUCCCGCAUCCAGGAAGUUGGCCACCAGCAUGAGCUUGUCUCCCUCGUUAACGAUGUGACGAAGGGGAAAGAUUUCUUGUAUUUCAUGCAGCUUCCGUAUUCGGGAGUCAUGGAGCUUCUCGAGGGCACCAAGAAACCCACCGUCGUCGUGUAUACCAUCGGAAACCCGCUUUUCGCCCAGCAAAUCAUGAAGCACAACCCAUUUGCAGCUUACAACAUCCCACCUCGCUUUUUGGUCCUCGAAAAGCCCGACGGGUCUGGGACGACCGUCGCUUACCACCUUCCCUCCAGCGUAAUGAGUAUCCCUGGAGUCAAUGACCCCGCGCUGCAGGCUGAGGUAGAGGCUUUAGAUACACGGGUGGAACAACUUGUGGAGAAGGUUACCGCGGUCUAA